AUUCAAAUACUUCUUCUCUCACGCCCGUCUCACUCGUUCGUCCUGCGUCUCCAAACUUUUCUCCUGUCCCCAUUCAUCUCUGCACUUGCCCAUUUCCCUUUGCACACCGAAAUCUACAUAACAUUAUAUAGCACCACCAACACCAGAGUCGUCCGUUAUACUUGUUCGUCAUUUUAUCAUCGGACAAAAACGAGCGAAUUGCACACGAAAAACGCGGGCUUUCUGACAUACAAAAGUGCGCGCUCUUCCCUCCCGUUCCUAUACUUGAAGCCUCUGAUAGAGUCCGUCGCUAUUGGAUUUAUGUUCUCUAUUUUCAAUAUGCAUUUCGAAGCUUAGUUGGUUGAAACGAAGCAAUAAGCCAAGUUAUUUAAUUCAUACAGUAAAUGGAUGCCAACACUCCCUCUGCAUCUGGAGGUGAUCCAAAAUCAGGAGAUUCUUCAAGUGAGAAGCAAUCACAUCAAACUCCUACUCGACACCCUCCAUGGCUCCGUUCUUCCUCUCAACCUGCCACGUGGCGUAACAGCGCCUCAUUCAACGAGAUCAGUGACGGCAAUUGGACAUACUGCAUUGAAACGCAAAAUACUGCCCCUGCUGUAAAAGGAUUUGGGAAUGUUCCAAUUGUCAGUUACGACGUUAUUGAAGCUAUGGGUGAUAGAAAACUGAAAGUAUGUACCGUGACAUGGAACAUUAACGAAAAAGGUGUGAAAAUAUUGAGCCAUCUCGCUCAGAAAAUAGCAGAACGAGGACAAGAAAUGGAUAGUGAUAUAUUUUUCAUCUCAUUGCAAGAAAUACCUUCCACAGCACCAACUUUUCAUGAAGAAGCAUUACGAAUUCUUGAGCCAGUUCUCAAUGGUCAUCGUCUGUACCUUUCACAUAGAGCCUGGAGUCAAAUGGUAAUAGUCUUCAUUCGACAGAAACAUCUUCGAUAUGCAAUCCAACCACAAGUAUCAUUUAUCGCAUCUGGUGCAAUGGCAAAACCAGUUCGAACGAAAGGUGCAAUCGCGGUAUGUCUUCGUUUAUAUCAGCGAUUUAUAGUGCUUAUCGGAUGUCAUUUAUCACAUGCAACACCACAACAACGUAUCCAAGACUACGCUAAAGUGGUCCGCACUCUUCGUUUUCCUCAGCUUGCCAGAUUUCAUGCACAUGCAAAAGACGAAAUUUUUGGUUCUGACGUGGUGCUUUGGAUUGGAGAUUUGAAUUUCCGGGUUACUGUAGAGAGCAAUGUAGACUGGAGAGAUCCGGAAAAGAUUACAGAGAAAACAUUUAGAGAUGUUUUUGAAACAGAAGAGCUUGCCAGUCAUAGGAAAAAGCAAUUAGCAUUCACAGAUUUCAAGGAAGCUCCAAUUAAAUUCCCUCCAACACAUAAAUUCGAGCCAGACACAGACAAUUAUGUGCCAAAAAGGAUUCCGUCUUUUACUGACCGCGUUCUCUUUUGGGUAAGAAACUCGGAAUGGCUCCAAAACAUUCAGUACGAUUGUAUGAGAGGAACAACACCGUCGGAUCAUAAGGCAGUUUUUGCCACUUUUUGGCUAACUGUGAUCAAUAAGCCGGUUCCUGAACAUUACAAGCAACAAAAGUCGCUGGAAAGAGAAAUAUCAAUGAAAACCAACUCGGUGGAUGCAAGUGGACCAGUGAACUAAUAUUAAUCUAAAAAAGCAUAUUUCCAAACAUUUGGUUUAAUCUGGUCAUUAAAUCCCUGUUAUUGUAUUUUUAAAUAAAUUACCGUAUACCUCAA